CAAAUGUUUUGACGAGCCUUGGGCAAGGAAUACUGGUCAAAGAUGGCUUUGGUUCUUCACCUGUUGGCUUGCAUCUUUGGGACUGGUGCAUGGGUGGCCAUCAAUGGACUAUGGGUUGAACUUCCGCUCAUCGUCAAUGAGCUGCCAGAAGGAUGGUACUUACCGUCCUACCUCACCAUUCUCAUCCAGUUGGCCAACAUUGGACCUUUAUUUGUUACCAUAAUGCACAAGUGGAAGCCUGGGAAGCUAAAGGAAGUUUGGACCAUAUACACCAUAAUCAGUUUGGGAAUCGUGGCAUUGUUCCUUUUGGCAUUUUUCUGGAAAGAAACCACCUGGAUAGGAGGCCAGUUGCACAGUACAGGAUUCCUGGUCUUGACCUUUUUCUUGUCCUUAGUGGAUUGCACUUCUUCGGUAACAUUUCUGCCGUUCAUGAUGCAACUGCAACCCAAGUAUAUAACUACAUACUUUAUCGGAGAGGGCCUUAGCGGGCUCAUCCCAGGCCUUUUAUCCUUGAUCCAAGGUGUAGGAAUGAUAAAGUGUAUCAAUUCAACACACACUGAGAAUGUGACACAAGGCUGGUUCAAUGCCAGCCAAACCGACCACUACAUAGAGACUCAGUAUCUCCCGGCCAACUUCUCUGUUCAGGUCUUCAUUUUUCUUUUAUUCAUCAUGAUGGUUUUCUGUUUGGUGGCUUUUUUCUUCCUAAGUAGACUUUCCCAGAAGGAAAACUCCAAGAAUGCUUUGCUUCAAAGUACAAACACCCUGAAUUCCUACUCAACAACAGAUAUAACAUGCGACACAGGGCCUUCGGAGGCAAGCAAGACAGGUGACAGCACCAGCAAUGUGAAUAAUCCAAAGCCAGAAACAAAUAAAGUGGUGUACUCGUAUGGCCAUUAUGCACUCAUAUACUUCCUCACUGGAUGGGUGAAUGCCCUCACCAAUGGAGUCCUUCCUUCCAUACAGACGUACUCAUGCAUGCCAUAUGGUAAUCUGGCAUACCACCUGGCAGCAGCCCUGGGCUCCAUGGCAAAUCCUCUAGCUUGUCUGAUUGCCAUGUUCUUACCUAGCAGGUCUCUCCUCUGUUUGGUGUUCUGGUCUGUGCUUGGGACAGGAUUUGGGGCUUACAACAUGAUGACGGCAUUAAUGAGUCCAUGCCCCAUUCUACAAAACUCUAAUUGGGGUGUAGCCCUUAUUGUCAUCUCUUGGGUUCUCUUCAUCGGUACGCUGAGUUAUGUUAAAGUCAUGAUUGGGGUGAUUCUACGCAGCCAGAGUCACAGCGCCCUUCUGUGGUGUGGAGCGGUAGUGCAGUUGGGAUCCAUGAUUGGGGCGCUUGUCAUGUUCCCCAUGGUCAAUGUGUAUGGGUUUUUCAAUUCGGCCGAUCUCUGCAAUACGAACUGUCCCAGCUAAGAACAGAUGACUGCAAGGAAGCUAGACAUACAUAAAUAUAUACCUCUGCAUGGAAGCACAGUAAAAAG